UAGAUAGUUUUCAUUCCAGUGCUGCUAGAACGUUGAGCCCUGGUGUCUCUGACCAUUGUGGAUUAUUGUUAUUGACAUCUAAUGGCUUGAAGAGUCUGCCAAAGCCUUUCAAAUAUUUUAAGUUCUGAAGUUCUCACCCUACUUACUAUGACCUUUUGAAAUCAGCUUGGGAGGAUUCUGGCCUGGAAGUGAAUGAUCCUUUUGAUAGACUAUAGAUCAUCUGGUGGUGGAGGAUGGUUUAGUGAUUACUGAUGUAGAGCAAAUGGGGAGUGUUGUUGUUGAUUUCUAUAAGACCUUGCUUGGCAAAGUUAAUAUGGAUAUUCAGGAGCAGCCUGUUGAAUUUUAUGAAGCUAUGCUCAGGCACAAGUUACCUCCAGAAGCUGCCAGGGAGUUACAAGGGGAGGUUACUCGUGAAGAAAUAAGGUCUAUCUUUAUGGAGAUGGCAUCAGACAAAGCCCCAGGCCCUGAUGGAUACCCUGCUGAUUUCUAUAAGGCAGAUUGGUCUGUUGUGGGUAAGGAUGUAGAGGAUGCACUCCUUCACUUUUUUGGGACAAGUAUUCUGCGUAGGAAACUUAAUUCUACUAUCCUUUGAUACCUAAGCUAGUAAAUGUUGAACAUAUGAAAGACUUCCGCCCCAUAUCUUGCUGUAAUGUUCUGUACAAGGGCAUUACAAAGGUACUAGCAAAUAGAUAAACAAAGUUUCUCCCACUCCUUAUUAGUCAGUCACAAUCUGCUUUUAUCACUACAACAAAUUCAGCCUAUUAUGACGAUGCAAUUUUGUCAUAUUAGAUAACCAUUUUGUCAUAUUAGUUAUAAUAUGACAAAAGGUGUUGUCACAAAGGUUUGUCAUUUCAUCGCCGUCAAGAUAGGUCAAAUGUGACAAAAAUUUAGAACAAGGUUGUCACAUUUGCUUUUAGUUUACUGUGACAAACAGAGAUGUUAUGACGACAUAUUUUGUCAUUACAGUUGUCAUAAUCUGGUGAUUUUGCGAGAAUUGUUCUUCAUAUUACACGAUUAUAUUUUGUCAUAACUGUAUAUUGUGACGAGUACAUUUUGCCACAAUUGUUUAUCAUGACAACAUUAUUUUGUCGGGUAUAGGUCGUCAGGAAAGGUGGGUUAUUUGUCUCAUGUCUAAUAUGACAAGAGAACAAUUCGCCAUGCAAUACAUAAUGUGACAACAUGACAUUUUUGUCACACUCGACCUUCUUCAAAAAUUUCAUAGUUUGAUAUUUGUUUCCUGCACUGCAACUAGAUAAUGGAAAGAUUACCAAAGAUCCAAAAAUUUACAACCAUUUCCAUAGCAGUCUAGCUCCUUGUUCAGCAUAACCAAACAUUCUAAGAUGUUCACCAUGACACUAAACAUUCUAACUCCUUUGUGGAUCUUGGGUAGAGGUGGCAAUUUCAAUCCAAUCCACCAAUCCAAUCCAUCAAUCCAUUAAAAAUAUCCACCUAAUCCAAUCCAUUUAAAUCCAAUCCAUUUUAUCCAAAUCCAAUUGGAUUGGUGGAUUCAUGGAUUGGAUCCAUGGAUCAUUGGCAAAUUACGGUUUAGUACCUAUAAUUUUUAUUUUUUACAUUUUGGUACCUAAAAUUUAAUUUUUUAUGCGAAAAAUAUCAUUGGAAAAUUACGUUUUGGUACCAAAAAAUUUUCAUUAUGACAUUUUAGUACCUAAACUUUUUACAUUUUACAUAUUGGUCCUUGGUUGAGGAUGUCAUUUGGAUUCAUGGAUAAUCCACCAAUCCACUUGAUCCAAUCCAUGAAUCCACCAAUCUAUUAGAUCCAUGGAUCCACCAAUCCAAUCCAUUUGCCACCUCUAAUCUUGGGUUCUCCUUCGGUCCAUACUUCACCUUUUUCUUCAGGACCUUCUGAACAAUCUCACGACCUGAUACAAGCUUCCCCUCUGUUUUUGCUUCUAUCCAAAUAUAUAGCAUCACAAGGCUUCACAGUGAAUAUGCUCAGUAAUGAAGCUAAUGGUUUUCACACUUUCGGAAAAUGCUAUCCUGUGCCAGAAAAAUUCAAGUCAAAAUGUAAACCAUGUUCUCAGUUUCUCUAAAAUUUAAGUAAAAAUAAAGUUAGUACCAUGUAUGCUCUCCUUCCUCAAAAGACAAAACUAAGUAACCAUGUUCCAAAAAGAUAAGAGUCACACAAGUUACAGAAUAAAGAACAAUCAGAUAGUGGGAAGACAAAGACAACCCGUUAGUGGGAUCUCUCCCUGUAUUUCAUUUACCAUACUCGCUCCUAGACAAAGCUAGGAAUUAGAACACACCAAAUAAAAGAAACCACAAAAAAUUACAGGGUGUCGUUACCUUCAUAAUCAUCGUUGUAGAUAUCCCUUUGCCUCCAGAAACCUCCACCUAUGCACAUGUCGUUAUCACUUCCAUCACUUACCACCACCUCCCACUAGCAAUGGUCGUAAUAACCUUUUCGACCUUAUUCUUCUGAUUCCCCACUACAAUACACCCGCCUCAUGAGCUCCUUCCUGAUUUCUCCGAAUCCUAGUAGAUUAAAGCCUAAAUCGAUUA